AUUUGAAUUUAGGUGCAAUUGAAUCCAUCAUGGCAACAAGGGAAACUGAAGGAUUUUUGCAAGCAGAAAGGAAUCCAUAUGAGUGCAUGGUCACCAUUAGGAGGAUACAAAGUUUUUUGGGGUUCUAAUGUUGUCAUGGAGAAUCCAAUUCUUCAUGAAAUUGCUCAGGCUAGAAAUAAGACUGUAGCUCAGAUAGCACUAAGAUGGAUACUUGAGCAAGGGACAAGUGCAAUUGUGAAAAGCUUCAACAAAGAAAGGAUGAAACAAAACCAUGAAAUAUUUGAUUGGGAAUUGAGCCAAGAGGAAUUGGACAAAAUCAAUAAGAUUCCACAAUGCAUACCUUACAAUGCAGAAAUGUUUGUAUCCAAAAAUGGACCUUACAAAUCCUUGGAAGAGUUAUUUGAAUAAACAAUUUAAUUAAACAUUUA